GAAUAAAAACAACGACAAACGCCUGAAAUUUAAAAGAAAAGAAAGAAAAAAACCGACUCAGCCCUGCACAGUUGUUUUUAAUUUAUUUAACAUUUUGUUGCGCACCAGUUGACAAGGCGUGGACGAUAAAUAAUAAAAAACAGCUACUAAACAGAAUCCCGUGUGCUGCCAUGGACAGUGUGAAGAUGGACUCUGUCCAGAUUAAAGAGGAGUUCCCUGAACUUGAACCUGUCCCCAUUAGAGUGGAGUUCUCUGGGCUGGCUUCCCUCCCCAUUAAACAGGAGCUCUGUGAGAUGCAAUGUGACAGCAGUCAGCCUGAGGUCUCUGACAUUAAAGCUGAGCAUAAUGAACUGGAGAUCCCCCAGACAGAAGAACCCCUUCCUGUGAAACAAGAAGAGGUGCUGGAAACUGACUGUAUUAAACAGGAGCCCCCUGAAGUAGAGUUUGAGCACAUGGAACCAGGGAAGGAAGAAUCUGAGAACUUCAAACCAAACAUCCCUGAGCUGGAUCCUGUGUGCCUGCGGGAGUGUAGCGUGGUGCUGGAGAGAAUCUGCGUGAGAGAGCAAGGCGCUGGAGAGGAAGGCUCUCCCAACAGCAUGCAAGGAGGUGGAAAGGAAGACGGGCGCUCCCAUUCAGAAUGCAGUCUAGCAGGUUCCAGUCCAGCAGCUAAGAGGACGGCCGGUGGUGAAUAUUCUGACUGUGGGAAAGGUUUCACCCAGUUAGGACGUUUAAAAAUACACCAGCAAAUUCACACAGGAGAGAAACCGUAUUGCUGCUCUGACUGUGGGAAGAGUUUCAGUCGCUUAGGAAACCUGAAAACACACCAGCAAAUUCACACAGGAGAGAAAACAUAUCGCUGCUCUGACUGUGGGAAAAGUUUCAGGGAAAGAGGAACCCUGAGAAAUCACGAGCGAAUUCACACAGGAGAGAAACCGUAUUGCUGCUCUGACUGUGGGAAGAGUUUCAGUCAAUCAGGACCCCUGAAAGCACACCAGCAAAUUCACACAGGAGAGAAACUGUAUUGCUGCUCUGACUGUGGGAAGAGUUUCAGAAAUUCAGGAAAACUGAAAACACACCAGCGAAUUCAUACAGGAGAGAAACCGUAUUGCUGCUCUGACUGUGGGAAGAGUUUCCGAGUUUCAGAAAAACUGAAAACACACCAGCGAAUUCACACAGGAGAGAAACCAUAUUGCUGCUCUGACUGUGGGAAGAGUUUCAGUCUGUUAGGACACCUGAAAUCACACCAGCAAAUUCACACAGGAGAGAAACCGUAUAGCUGCUCUGACUGUGGGAAGAGUUUCAGAAAUUCAGGAACACUGAAAAUACACCAGCGAAUUCAUACAGGAGAGAAACCGUAUUGCUGCUCUGACUGUGGGAAGAGUUUCAGUCAGUUAAGUAACAUGAAAACACACCAGUUAACUCACACAGAAGAGAAACCAUAUUGCUGCUCUGACUGUGGGAAGAGUUUCAGAGAAAGAGGAACCCUGACAAAACAUGAGCGAAUUCACACAGGAGAGAAACCGUAUUGCUGCUCUGACUGUGGGAAGAGUUUCAGAAAUUCAGGAAAACUGAAAACACACCAGCGAAUUCACACAGGAGAGAAACCGUAUAGCUGCUCUGACUGUGGGAAAAGUUUCAGUCUGUUAGCAAACCUGAAAACACACCAUAAAAUUCACACAGGAGAGAAACCAUAUCGCUGCUCUGACUGUGGGAAGAGUUUCAGAGUUUCAGGAAAACUGAAAACACACCAGCGAAUUCAUACAGGAGAGAAACCAUAUUUCUGCUCUGACUGUGGGAAGAGUUUCAGGCAUGCAGACUCCCUGAAUAAACACCAGCGAAUUCAUACAAGAGAGAAACCGUAUCGCUGCUCUGACUGUGGGAAGAGUUUUAGUCAGUUAAGUAACCUCAAAAAACACACCAGCAAACUCACACAGGAGAGAAAUUGUAUCAGUGCUCUGACUGUGGGAAGAGUUUCAACAAGUUAGGACAUCUUCAAACACACCAGUGAAUUCACACCGGAGACAAACCCUAAGGACCAUGUUCAUUCAGAAAGAAACAUUACCUUACAUCAGUGCUCCAGAUAAGGUUUGGGGUCUAGGAGUAACUUACCCUCUAAUUUUAACACAGAGUAAAAUGUAUUUUCAGUGGGUAAAAUGCAACAUUUCUUUGAAGUCCUGAGUAAUCUCGAUAAAUACUGUACAAUCUUUGAUGCUAAUGGGCAGGCAUUAAAAAAGAGCCUUCCAUUUUAAAUGCAGUGUUUCUUUGAACUACAGUACAACCACAGCUCUACAAGGUUCUGUAUUGGCUCAGCACAUUUAUUUUCCAGGUAUCACACUGACUCUGCAAAUCAAUUACAUUAUAUUUUAACAUUAACCUCUUUUGCGAUAGGGACGUACCUGGCACGUCAUGAUUAAAAACAUGGUUAAAAAUGUUUAAAAAAAAAAUAAAAAUCUGGAUUGCUGUGGCUCAUCGAGGAGUUAUUACACAACAUAUUAAUGUCAUUAUAUUACACACAUUAAAUAUAUUUGAUGUGAUGCAGUUGUUAAAUGUAAUUUACAGCCUGUUUGAAUGCAAGCAGUGGCCAUCUUUGGCUUGCACAAACAUCCAGAAUGAAUUUAAAACAAUCUGUGUGUAACUUUUGUUUUCUUUUCAAUGAGGAUUGAUAAUAAAAAAAGUUUACCUUUUGAUUAGUAGCUGUUUUAUCGAGCUGUGCUUCAUGAAAUCAGCUUUGAAGUAACAUACAACUAUUUGUCUAUUAUUAUUAUUAUUAUUAUUAUUAUUUAUUUCUUAGCAGACGCCCUUAUCCAGGGCGACUUACAAUCGUAAGCAAAUACAUUUCAAGUGUUACAAUACAAGUAAUACAAUAAGAGUAAUACAAUUACAUUAUAUUUUAACAUUAACCUCUUUUGCGAUACAGACGUACCUGACACGUCAUGAUUAAAAACAUGGUUAAAAAUGUUUAAAAAAAAAAAAAAAAUCUGGAUUGCUGUUUUUUCCCUCGGGGUCGCUCAUCAAGGAGUUAUUAAACAACAUAUUAGGUUGGUUGCUUUAAUGUCAUUACAUUACACAGAUAAAAUAUAUUUGAUGUGAUGCAGUUGUUAAAUGUAAUUUACAGCCUGUUUGAAUGCAAGCGUUGGCCAUCUUUGGCUUGCACUGGAAACAUCCAGAAUGAAUUUAAAACAAUCUGUGUGUAACUUUCGUUUUCUUUUCAAUGAGGAUUGAUAAUAAAAAAAGUUUACCUUUUGAUUAGUAGCUGUUUUAUCGAGCUGUGCUUCAUGAAAUCAGCUUUGAAGUUACAUACGACUGUUUGUCUAUGUCUUGUUUUGUUCAUGUGACAGAGAGGAAGAUACGGGGCAGCAGUGUGGAGUAGUGGUUAGGGCUCUGGACUCUUGACCAGAGGGUUGUGGGUUCAAUCCCCGGUGGGGACACUGCUGUUGUACCCUUGAGGUACUUUACCUAAAUUGCUCCAGUAAAAACCCAACUGUAUAAAUGGGUAAUUGUAUGUAAAAUAAUGUGAUAUCUUGUAACAAUUGUAAGUCGCCCUGGAUAAGGGCGUCUGCUAAGAAGUAAAUAAUAAUAAUAAUAAUAAUAAUAAUAAUAAUAAUAAUAAUAAUAAUAAUAAUACUGACUGUCAUCGUGGGACACCAUUGUAAUGCACCGAGCGUGUGGGAGCUACUGUAUCAUCGUCUGACACCAUUGUAAUGCACCGAGCGUGUGGGAGCUACUGUAUCAUCGUGUGACACCAUUGUAAUGUACAGAGCGUGUGGGAGCUACUGUAUCAUCGUGUGACACCAUUGUAAUGCACCGAGCGUGUGGGAGCUACUGUAUCAUCGUGUGACACCAUUGUAAUGUACAGAGUGUGUGGGAGCUACUGUAUCAUCGUGUGACACCAUUGUAAUGCACCGAGCUUGUGGGAGCUACUGUAUCAUCGUGUGACACCAUUGUAAUGUACAGAGCGUGUGGGAGCUACUGUAUCAUCGUGUGACACCAUUGUAAUGUACAGAGUGUGUGGGAGCUACUGUAUCAUCGUGUGACACCAUUGUAAUGUACAGAGUGUGUGGGAGCUACUGUAUCAUCGUGUGACACCAUUGUAAUGCACCGAGUGUGUGGGAGCUACUGUAUCAUCGUGUGACACCAUUGUAAUGUACAGAGUGUGACACCAUUGUAAUGCACCGAGCGUGUGGGAGCUACUGUAUCAUCGUGUGACACCAUUGUAAUGUACAGAGUGUGUGGGAGCUACUGUAUCAUCGUGUGACACCAUUGUAAUGCACCAAGCUUGUGGGAGCUACUGUAUCAUCGUGUGACACCAUUGUAAUGUACAGAGUGUGUGGGAGCUACUGUAUCAUCGUGUGACACCAUUGUAAUGUACAGAGCGUGUGGGAGCUACUGUAUCAUCGUGUGACACCAUUGUAAUGUACAGUGUGUGGGAGAUACUGUAUCAUCGUGUGACACCAUUGUAAUGCACCGAGCGUGUGGGAGCUACUGUAUCAUCGUGUGACACCUUUGUAAUGUACAGAGUGUGUGGGAGCUACUGUAUCAUCGUGUGACACCAUUGUAAUGCACUGAGCGUGUGGGAGCUACUGUAUCAUCGUGUGACACCUUUGUAAUGUACAGAGUGUGUGGGAGCUACUGUAUCAUCGUGUGACACCAUUGUAAUGCACUGAGCGUGUGGGAGCUACUGUAUCAUCGUGUGACACCAUUGUAAUGUACAGAGCGUGUGGGAGCUACUGUAUCAUCGUGUGACACCAUUGUAAUGCACUGAGCGUGUGGGAGCUACUGUAGCUGCAACUUUUAUAAAAAUAAAUAAAUACAUAAAACAUUUUGUCCAGUGUCGUAAACUCAGUGAUCAUAGGGUAAAAAUAAUCAUUAGGAACCGUGUGUUUUUUGUAUAUAGCUACUGUGAGUGAAACCUUGUAUCUCAGACUUGUGUCUGGUUGAGUUGAUUGGCGAGAAACUGUUAGGCUAGUGAGUUUGAGCAUACAAUUGAUAUAUUUUACAUAUUUUUCAAAGACUGUAUCUUACUUUUGUAAUCCCUGUAGUCAUAGUUCUUUUAUAAAUUUAUAUUAGAUCUAAUUUCAUUUUUCUACCGACCUCCCCCCCAAAAAAAAAAUUAUUAUUAAUUUUUUGUAUAUUUCAUCUGAUUUUUUUUCUUCAUUUGAUUUCUUUCUUUUCUUUCUAUUCUUUAUACAUAAAAAUCAUAAAAACGCCUUUCUAAAAAAGUAAGUCUUUAAAUUAGCUUUAAAAACACUCAAAGAAGCUGAGUCCCUGAUCUCUAGUGGAAUAGAGUUCCAUAAUUUGGGAUCAUAGCAACAGAAGGCCCUGUCGCCCAUAGAGCGCAGGCGAGCAGACGCGACACACAGCAGUCUGAGAUCAGCAGA